CCGCGUGGUAUAAAAUCACCGGCGGCGAUGCGGAUUCUCUCCGGCGUCCUCGAUUCCUCGUCCGCGCUUCUCUCCGGCGUCGUGGGCUCCGCGUCUGCCGCGUGCGCCCGCCUCGGGUUCUCGCGCGUGUCCUUCGUUCGGGCGGACCCCUCAAGCAUGCCGGCUCCCGCUUGUAAAGCCGCCGCCGCCACUUCCUCGUCUGCCGCAGCCGACGACGGCGCCCAGAAACCGUGGCUCUUCGUCGGUCUGGGGAAUCCCGGAAGGAUGUACAAAGGGACUCGCCACAACGUUGGGUUUGAGAUGAUUGAUGCUAUCGCAGAAGCUGAAGGAAUUUCAGUCAGCAGUAAGCAAUUUAAGGCAAUUGUCGGGAAAGGCCUCAUUGGUGAUGUCCCUGUAAUGCUUGCCAAACCACAGACUUUUAUGAAUGCAAGUGGUGAGUCUGUUGGACAGCUAGUUUCAUAUUUCAAGAUACCACUCAAUCAUUUAGUUGUGGAUGAGGAGUAUUAUCGACCAUUUGAAACAGAGCCGCAAUUUUCCACGUCUAAGGAUUGGUACUGCGAUUAUUUGCUUCCUUUUGUUUUCAUCCAGGCGAAUGUCAGAAAUAUUAUUCCCCAAAACUGUUGUGCAGGCAUUGGACGGCCAUCUGAGGAGAUGGGUGCUAUCAGUUUUGUUCUGGGGUCAUUCAGCAACCAAGAAAAGGAAGAGCUUGAGGUGACGUUCCAAAGAGGCUUGCAGGCAGUAAGGAUCAUGGUCCGGGAAGGAUUCAACAAGAGCGCAACAUUUGUGAACACUCCCCAGCCAUUAGAAAUGUUGAAUAGAUGAAAAUUAUCCCCAUAAUGUAUCCAAACGGCGUGUAGGUUAUUAGAUCCACAUAGUUGCUGACACAAGGGCCAUUUGCCCCUGAAGAUUCACUCAGAUUCUGUAAAGAUGUGAUCGCACAGGCCACAGCAGCAAGUAUUGUACACAUUGGAUUCACAUGACUAUUUCCAGGUUAUGGUGGAUUAUUUGAGUUUCUAUUUCUUGUGCUAUUACUCGAUGUUCGAUAUAUAUACUGCUGCA